AAUAAUACCUUAAUAGUAAUUUGAUUCGCGGGAAUUAUUAAAAGCUUACGAUUAUUGGGUACUUAAUUGUUUUAUUAAAUAUAUAUUUCCGAAUCUUUUAAACGUUCAAGCAUGAGUUGACAGCGAUAGAAACUCAAUGUCAUAUGUCAGAUUUAAUGUUGAUUUUGAAAGUGGUGUAAUGGAAACAGUGCUUUACAGGUCUGAGUUGGUCCGUGUUCACUUAGUUAGGGUCCUAUAACUUAAACGAACGUUUCUUAUGUAAACUAGGAUAAUAGUGGUAUUGUGUUAAAUUAAGUAAAAAUGCCGUCAUCUGUAGUCUUUGGUACGAACGAGAAAUGGCGGAUAAAUCGAAACAUAUUUGUGCUCGGUUUCGCCUUCAUGAUCCACUUCACCGCAUUCCAUGGGACUGCUAAUCUACAGAGCUCUGUUAACACUGAUGCUGCAGCAGGGACCUUCACAUUGGCUGCUAUAUACUUUUCACUGAUCCUGUCAAAUAUAUUUUUGCCUGCCCUGGUUAUUCAAUGGCUGGGCUGCAAAUGGACCAUGGCGUUGUCAUUCAUAGCCUACAUGCCGUUUAUCAUUGCUCAAUUCUACCCUCAUCUUCACACCCUGGUGCCAGCAGGAAUGAUGGUUGGUUUUGGAGGAGGGCCGCUGUGGUGCGCUAAGUGUACUUAUUUAUCAGUCGUAGCGGAACCAUAUGCAAAGCUGUCAGGAGUAUCAGCAGAUGUGUUGGUGGUCAGAUUCUUCGGUCUUUUCUUCAUGUUCUAUCAAAUGGCGCAGAUUUGGGGAAAUCUAAUUUCCUCUGCAAUUUUAUCAUCCAGUCUUGGUGACGUCACAUUGUAUUCCAACGAAACCUACCUAAAUGCUGACGUCAUAGCCUCCUUUAACUACUCGAUACUAGCACCUGACUAUGGUGCUACGUGUGGCGUGAACUUCUGUAGCGGAAGUGAGGAACAUGACAAUUCAAAUUUAGAACCACCCUCGCCGCUGAAAAUUCAGGUUAUAGCUGGUAUAUACCUAGCUUGUAUGCUCGCUGCCUGUGUCUUGGUAGCUAUAGGAGUUGAUUCAUUGUCCAGGUACAACUCCGGUCGUCAGCCAACAGGCCAUGGCAAAUCUGGCCUGCAGCUGCUUGCAGUGACGCUGCGUCAAUUACGCCAUAAAUACCAGUUAUUACUGCUUCCUGUUAUUGGCUACAUCGGUGCUGAACAAGCGUUCAUGGCUGCUGAUUUCACUCAGGCUUUCGUAGGCUGCGCUUACGGUAUCCCAAACAUUGGUUUCGUGAUGAUUUGCUUUGGGGUCUUCAAUGCUUUAGCAGCUCCUGUCGCUGGUGCAGUCGUCAAAGUUACUGGAAGAUUUCCAGUCAUGUUAACCGCCUUGCUCCUAAAUCUCUGUCUUUUGACGGCCCUUCUUCUGUGGAGACCAGACCCCGAGCAAUGGCUGAUGUUUUACUUCUUGGCAGCCAUUUGGGGGACGGCUGAUGCUGUAUGGCUGGUACAAGUUAAUGCUUUGUCUGGUAUCUUAUUCCCUGGUGAUGAGGAAGCGGCCUAUUCAAACUUCAGGCUGUGGGAGGCGACCGGCAGUGUGCUGUCAUACGCAUCAGCUCCAUAUCUCUGUGUUCGCACCAGAUUAUACGUCCUUUUGGGUUUGCUGUUAUUGGGUUUCUCUGGAUAUACCACAAUAGAAGUAAUGGAGUACAAAGUAAAGAAACGCCACCAUCAAGAGAGGAACUUUGAACUAGUCACGAAAACUGAGCAAGAUUAAUCCUUUGCGUACGGUUUUUUAGUAGGCGCCUAUAUUUUAGAGGAUUUUUUAUACUGACCUUUUCAGUUCAGACUUCUUUAACGAUAAGUGAAUUUAUAAAGGCGUUUAAAAGUUGCGGCGAUGGUAGAGAAAAGUGUGACUGUGAAAUCCAUAGAUAUUUAUUUCUCAACAUUGAUAUUAAAAAGGUCACUAUUUACCUUUACCACCAAGCCCAUCAAACAUGUUAAAAUGACGACAAUCAAAUAAUUAUAGUAAUAUUUAUCGAUCCAUGCAACUUCCUUAUAAUCGAGUAGCAAUACUGUUCACACAUCCAAGGGGACUCUCUGUAUAGAAAAAGUGGUAUGGGUCCAGGAAUCCGCGAAUAUAUAUAUAUAUAAUUAUAUAUAUUUAUAGGAAUAAAACAAGAAAAAAAGGUAACUAAGUACACAUGUCAGAAGUGAACUUCUUUGUAAAAUAAUUACUAAAGCAAAAGCCCCAAUAGAUGAUCAUGUACCAAUAUAUAAUCAAUCCAUGUACUUGUUUAAUCUAUAUUCACACUGUUUACAUACUGUAUACGUGUUAAUUAUAAUAUAAAUAAAUAAAAAACUGCGUAUACUGCAGCGGUUAUGCGAUAGAAAUGCCAUCUUAAGUUCAAUAGCGUGUAUUUUUUCGACCUCCCUUACUCUCUAUCUCAAUCUUUCUCUCUCUCUCUCUCUCUCAAUCUUUCUCACUUGCUUGCUCCCUACUCUCGCUCCAUGGCUAUUUGCUUCAUGCUACGUUCGCCCUCCCUCACUCUCUCUCCAUCGGUCACAAUCACUUCGUGAGAGUUAUAGUAUUUUCAUUAUUACGUUUCAUCCGUAAAAUUUUUACCCUCCUAAAGAAGAUAAUAAAGAAGUUUCACUUCAGUAAUAUAAUAAUAAUAGAAAAUCAUUAAUACAAGAUGGUUGAAAAUGUCCACCGAGUCAUUUUUAAUCACAGUUUUGCAGUCAGUUUUACAUUUUUUUUAUAAAAAUUAAAUCUAAUAGCACUUACUAAAAUGCUAUCAUCUCUUUUUGUCAAUUCAUGUUUACUCCGUGAUCGGUAUAACUGCUUUAAUUAAAUUAUAUUGGCGCUGAUAUUACCCUGCGACACAUUUUUAUAUUUUGUCUUGUUUGACAUUUUUAAAUUAUGUAUUAAUGUAAGAAAUGUUG